AAUUUAUUUUCAAUCACAUUUAUUAAAACUUUACUAUUAUUUAAUAAAAGUUUCGAUUUAAUUUGUAAGAUCAUAAUUGUAAAAAAGAAAAAAAAUUCUAGAUUUUGACUUGUCGAAAGUAUUUUUUCUCAGAUAAAAUCUUUCUAAAUAUUUUCUCUUAAAAUUUUUAAAUUAAUUAUUAUAUUAAAUAAUUAAAUUAAUUAAUUAAUUAUUUUUUAGUUUAAACAAUUAACAAAUUCGUCGAAUAUUGUUUCUCGUUUAUUAUUAACAACAACAUCACCUUCACAUAAUAAUAACAAUAAUAAUAAUGAUAAUGAUAAUGAUAAUGAUCCAUUAGAUCUUUCACUUAAAUCAUCAAUAAAUAUUAAAAAAACCGAAUUAAAUUUAUCAAAAGAAAAAUUAAAACAAGUUGAACAAGAAGAAUAUAAUAUUGAUAAUGAUGAAUUAUAUGAUGAAAGUUCAACAGUCAAUUAUUUAUGUUCAGUAUGUCCUUAUAAACAUUCAAAUUAUUCGUUAAUGGAACGUCAUAUAUCAAUUCAUUUAACUGGUCAAGGUAUUAUUUGUUCUCUUUGUUCUUAUACAACAUUAUCACAUAAUUCAAUGAUUCGUCAUAUGACAUUAAUUCAUUCAACUAGUCAAAUAGAAAAUUUAUUUAAUAAUGCAUCAAAAAUAUCAAAUGCACAUAUUAUUGAACAAUAUCAAUGUCCAUUAUGUUCAUAUCAAUGUGAUCGUUGUGAAGCAUUAAAUCUUCAUCGUCGUCUUGAACAUGAUGAUGAAGAAUUUGAUAUUGAUUAUGAUGAUGAUGAUUAUGAUUAUGAUUAUGAUUAUGAUGAUAAUAAUCAUAUGAGAGUUUGUCGAACUAAAAAUGAAUUUGAUUGUCCAUUAUGUUCUCCAUCUUCAAAUACAAAUAAUAAAAAUCUUGAACAAUUAACAAUACAUGUUAUUAAUUAUCAUAACAAUAAAACAUGUCCAUUUUGUUCAUUUAAUGUUCAUACAACAUCAUCAAAUAGAUUAAUACAACAUAUUAAACUUCAUUUUAAUGGAACACUUAUUCAACCUGAUCCAAUUACUGGUAUUGAACAAGUUAAAGAGUUAUUAGUAGUUUAA